AUGGCAGGAUCCAAGCCGCCUCGGGGAGGCGGAGAGGCUUCAGGAAACAAAAAGUCUCAAGGGACGGGGCCAAACACCCGAAGUCGACGAGUCGAUACUCAGCACGCAAUGAAAUCAGCAGCUACGGCCAUAGCCAUUGUUGCUUUAGCAGCGAGCUCGUCAUAUGUUUCUCAACUGACAUUGUCGCCGGUCUACGGGUCUGUUCCGGCGAGCUCUUUUCACCGUCAAGGAGUAAUGAUUGCCGCCCUUUUAGGCUGGCUGGGGAUGAAUCAAAUCAAGGCUCUUUGUUUUGGAAGGCCUUCAAGCCUAUUGCCAGUGCUUGCUUGGGUCAUCCCGACCAUCCAAUACUUCUUGUUUCAACAAAGCAGUCGUAUAGGGCCUGAAUUCGGACCAGUUAUCACGGAGCUAAGUACUCUGUACCCCUUGGUGGCGCUUUCUGCUACUUCGGCGGGGAUAUUCUUGAGGGAGUUGGAUCUUAGCCGCGGACCUCGUUUGAUAGCUGAUCAUGGGACCUUUCUGGGAUCCUACAUAUUGUUCACGACCACCUUGAAGAUGACAGGGAGCUAUCUGGCUAGGCAUAUUGGGUCCAGCGUUUUAAUGACCCGUACAGGCCUUCAAUUCGCUAUAGCGACACUCUUUUCAAUAUGCCUACCAUCGAAGUGGCUUCUACUUACCAUUCCAUCUUUGAUCUUUUACGCUGGAUUCAAUAUUCAUGUCCCUUCAGGACUUGCCACGGUGAGACUGAAUACCAGUCUUCGAGCGGAUGAUUACGUUUUACUUCACCGUCAGGAUUCAUUAACCGGAUACAUAUCGGUGCUGGAAAACAAGAAGCUUAAUUUUAGAGUCAUGAGGUGCGACCACAGUCUUCUCGGUGGGGAAUGGAUACCGCCUCCUGGUAUGCCGAAGCAGCUGGUUAGCGACCCCGUGUACGCUGUUUUCACAAUGCUAGAGUCGGUUAGGUUAAUCAAGACGGAUAAAGGGGAGGCACGAAAGGCAGGAUCUGGCACCAAUGCUCUUGUAAUUGGACUUGGAAUCGGGACUACGCCUGCCGCGCUGGUUGCCCAUGGCAUAAACACAACGGUUGUCGAAAUAGAUCCGACAGUGCACCAGCUCGCGAUGGAGUAUUUCAAGUUUCCGAGCAAAGCAAACACCGUGAUUGAGGAUGCUGUUACUUUUGUGCAACGUACGAGGAACCUUGAUCCAAUCCCUCGUUACGAUUUUAUCGUCCAUGAUGUUUUCACCGGCGGAGUCGAACCCGCGGACCUUUUUACGCUAAACUUUAUGCACGGACUGCUUGAUUUGCUGCAAGACGAUGGAGUUAUUGCAAUUAACUAUGCUGGUGAUCUAACGUUACCUUCAGCUGGUCUGAUAGUACGGACUAUAUUGGCUGCCUUUCCGUCGUGCAGGAUCUUCCGCGAAGGCCAGCCAACUGCCGGUCCAGCAGGUGACUUCACGAAUAUGGUUAUCUUUUGCACAAAGACAGAAUCUGCCCUAGAAUUUAGAGAACCGAUCACAUCUGAUUAUUUGGGCAGCAUGUCAAGGGAAUCGUAUAUGUUCCCUAAAUUUGAGAUCGAAAAAGAUACAUUCAAGAACGCAGGGAGUGGCCAUCCGGAUAUCUUGGACAAAAGCCAAAUUGGCCAGCUCCAAAAGUGGCAUUCGCAAAGCGCCAUCGGACACUGGAAGAUUAUGAGAACUGUACUUCCUGCCGCAGUUUGGGAAAAAUGGUAA